AUGUUGAAGCUGAAGCUGAUGAGCUCCGUCUCGGUGGCCGUGGCCUUCUGCUUUAUUGUGCUUGUGGACGCCAGCUCCUGGUGGUCUCUGGCGAUGAACCCCCUCCUGAUCCCAGAGGCGUAUAUCAUCGGGGGUCAGCCGCUGUGCAGUCAGCUCACAGGACUGUCCCCGGGUCAGAGGAAGCUCUGCCAGCUGUACCAGGACCACAUGCAGUUCAUCGGAGCGGGCGCUCAGACGGGCAUCAGCGAGUGCCAACGCCAGUUCAGCCAGCGCCGCUGGAACUGCAGUACGGUGGACAACUCCUCAGUGUUCGGCAGAGUCCUGCACACAGGGAGCCGAGAGACGGCGUUCACGUUCGCAAUCAGCGCGGCCGGUGUGGUGAAUGCAGUGAGUCGAGCCUGCAGAGAGGGGGAGCUGUCGAGCUGCGGAUGCAGUCGAGCCGCGAGACCGAAGGAUCUGCCGAGGGACUGGCUGUGGGGCGGAUGCGGAGACAACCUCAACUAUGGAUACCGCUUCAGCAAGGAGUUUGUGGAUGCCCGCGAACGGGAAAAAAACUUCGCUAAAGGCUCUGUGGAAAGUGCCAGACUGCUGAUGAACCUUCAUAACAACGAGGCGGGACGGAGGAUAGCGUCUGAUCUCGCUCACGUCUCCUGUAAGUGUCACGGCGUGUCCGGCUCCUGCAGCCUUAAAACAUGCUGGUUGCAACUCGCAGAUUUCCGCAGGGUUGGCGACGCUCUGAAGGAGAAAUACGACAGCGCCGCUGCCAUGAAGCUGAACAGCCGGGGGAAACUCGUUCAAGUUCACUCCAAAUUUAACUCUCCUACCAGCAACGACCUGGUGUACAUAGAGCCCAGUCCGGAUUACUGCGUAGGGAACAAGACCACCGGCUCUUUGGGAACUCAGGGUCGGCUCUGUAACAAGACGUCUGAAGGCAUGGACGGCUGCGCGCUCAUGUGCUGCGGUCGAGGAUACGACCAGUAUAAGGUGCAACUGGUCGAGCGCUGCCACUGCAAGUUCCACUGGUGCUGCUACGUCAGGUGCAAGCGCUGUUCGCGCACCGUCGACCAGUUCGUGUGCAAGUAACGAGAGCCUGCCAGGAGGGAAAACUAAACACAUGAUAUUUAUAGAGCUGAAACCAUUAUGACAAAGACUGAUUGUUUUCUUGCUAUAAGUACUAUGUACAGGACAUCUAAAAAAAACUGCAGAUAUUAUUAUAUAUUUAUUUUCUCAGA